CAAAAACAAUAAUAACUUGGUUUUUAUCAGUCCAUUUUUCUUUUAGUAAUGAACUAAACUUAAUCAGAACAAAAACGUGGUAUUUUUAAAAGAAUGUGACACAUUAUAGUACAGUGGGUAUUUAAUAAUUAUUAGUGAAAGAGACCAGUUUGUUAUUAGCAAUACAAAUAAGUUUAAUAAGGUAUUAUUGUUUCAUUGCAUACGCAACAUGGUUGACCUAUUUAUUAGUAAAAUAAAUUUAUUAGUAUUAUUAUUGGUACAUUUAGGAUACAGUGUUCCUAUCGAAAAUAGCGACGAUGAACUAGUGGCUGUGGUCGCAGUGUCUAGACAUGGAGAUAGAGCACCAUUCACUUCGUUUCCUACAGAUAGGUAUUAUAACCUAACCUAUUGGCCUAUGGGAUUUGGGCAAAUAACAAAGAAAGGUAUUGAUCGGCACUACAAGUUAGGUCAGUGGUUUCGCCAUCGUUACAGUUCCUUCCUCAGCGAAUUCUAUCAUUCCAAAGAAAUAUACGCUUGGUCUACCGACAUUGAUCGAACUUUAAUGUCAGCAUAUGCAAACUUAGCAGGUUUAUAUCCACCGAAAGGCUACCAACUGUGGAACGAGCAUAUUUCUUGGCAACCUAUACCGGUCCAUAUAGCACCUUUUCUUUCGCUUAUCGAGAAUUUAGGAUGUCCAAAGUUUUUUUCGAUGUUACAAAAGGUAAAGGAAACUGUUUUUCCUAUUUACGAAGAAAAACAUUCUGAAAUUUUGCAGUACAUUGCCAAUAAAACAGGAUGGCCAAAAGUUUCUAUAGAAAUGGUGGACGAACUUAUGGACCUCCUUUUUACGUAUGAGGAGCAUGACUUAACCUUCGUUCCAGACUGGAGUAAAGCUAUGGAUCAUAAUGUAACUAAAUAUCUUUCGGCUAUUGUAUACGAAAUCCAAACUCAUACAGUACCUCUGGCAAGACUCAAAAUAGGAACUUUCUACGACUACCUGUUCAAUUUUUUCAACAAGUUCGUCGAUCCAACAUCGCUGAAAGUCCGAAUCGGAAAUGAUCCAACAGCGCUGAAUCAGAAAUCAAAAUUCGUACUAGUAAUGGCUCAUGAGAGUACUCUUAGCGCCAUUUUGAACACUAUGGGAGCAUACAACAUGAAACAUAUUGAGUACGCUGAUACUGUGUUGUGGGAAUUAAAGAAAAGAAAGGACGGUGUCCAUUAUUUGAAUGUUUUGUUUAAAACCAAAUCCGAGCUGAGUCCGGUAAAUAUUUUAAAAUGUGAUUAUAACUGUAAUUUUGAGCAAGCUAAAAAGAGUUUGGCCGAUGUGACUUUAACUAUACAACGAUGGCACAAAGAGUGUUUAGCUUGAAACUGAUUAAAUUAAACAACAAAACCUUUAGAUAUAUAAUAUUGUUCUG